GGCCGGGAGAGGAGCCGGCGGCGGGCAGAUGGCGGAGUGCGGGCCGCAGCCCCCCGGGGGGGGGAGCGGGGCUGCGGGGGCGCCCAGCCGGCACGAGAAGAGCUUGGGGCUGCUGACCACCAAGUUCGUGUCGCUGCUGCAGGAGGCCAAGGACGGCGUGCUCGACCUCAAGCUGGCUGCAGAUACCUUGGCUGUGCGACAGAAGCGACGGAUCUACGAUAUCACGAAUGUCCUGGAAGGUAUCGGGUUGAUCGAGAAGAAGUCCAAGAACAGUAUCCAGUGGAAAGGGGUGGGUCCUGGCUGCAAUACCCGGGAAAUAGCUCACAAACUGAUCGAGCUGAAGGCAGACAUAGAGGACCUGGAGCAGCGGGAACAGGAGCUGGAGCAGCAGAAGAUGUGGGUUCAGCAGAGCAUCAAAAACGUUACAGAAGACGUGCAGAACAGUCGAUUAGCGUAUGUGACACAUGAAGAUAUCUGCAAGUGUUUCACAGGAGACACCCUCCUUGCGAUUCGAGCCCCAUCAGGCACGCGUUUGGAGGUUCCCAUCCCUGAGGGCCUAAAUGGGCAGAAAAAAUACCAGAUCCAUCUGAAGAGCACAAGUGGUCCCAUUGAUGUUCUUUUAGUAAACAAAGAUGCUUGGAGCUCCCCUCCUGUGGUACUACCCGUCCCUCCCCCCGAAGACCUCAUUCAGUGCCAGGCAGUUGCACCCUCCAAACCGCAGAUACCACCGCUCGCCCACUUCCAGGAGGCAUCCGUUCCCAGCAGCACCCAGCCCUCCACCCCAACACCCACCAGCACUCAGGACCACGGCCCUCCCGUGCAGAAAAACACCAGCACAGAAUGCGGUGUCUCGGUGGCAGAGUCCAAGAGCAGCAGCAACUUUGAGCCCCUCAGCAGCGCGUCGGCCGGCCAGGCCCCUGGGCUGGACACUCAGCCGCUGCAGUCCUCUGCCUCCCUCGACAGCAGCUCCGUCCUGCCCAGCCCCUCUACCUCCUUCCAGCCCAUCAAGCCUGACCCCGCAGGAAUACUGGAACUUCCCAAAGAGCUGUCAGAGAUGUUUGAUCCAACGAAAGAAUGUAUGAACUCUGAGCUGCUGGAGGAGCUGAUGUCAUCUGAAGUGUUUGCUCCCUUGCUGCGCCUCUCCCCUCCACCUGGAGAUCACGACUACAUCUAUAACCUGGAUGAGAGCGAAGGCGUCUGUGACCUCUUUGACGUGCCUGUCCUCAACCUCUGACUUCUCAGUGCGGCUGCGAGCCUCGCAAACACAGACCGUUUUGUAACUCUUUGGAAAGUGUCUAUUUUUGGAUUCCUUUUGUGCUAGAGCUCGACGAGCGAGCGAUGCAGAGAUGCUCUCGUAUGGACUCAGAAGCAAGAGAUGUGGACUCGCAGGCCGGGAGAUGCCCCGUAGCUUUUUUUCCCUCUUCCUCUCUUGCACAUGUGAGGUGUGAGCGCACCUUGCCCCGCCGCAUCUCUCUCUCCACUGGAUUCUUGGCUUUACUUCAAAGGGCCUGUGUUUUGAGUGUUCCCGGUUCACCCGUAGAGUUUGCCCACGUCCCCCUCCGAGCUUCCUCAAACCUGCAUGCCUUGGUUUUUCCUGCACUCCUAGAGGCACUUUGCACCUCCUAGGUACCAGCUGCUACAGGGAGCCCCCAUAUCGUGGUCAGUUCACAAGCCCGGAGGUAGUUAGUUACAUUUCUCAAGUGAGUGGUUCAGAUUGGGGUGGUUAGUUCUGAGUGGUAAUGAGGAAAAAAAAAAAAGGCAUCCAAGUCUCCAUUUCUUCCAGUGACUCCAGACCAAGCUAGUAUGUUUUACAAGAAAAAGCACUUUUUUUUAGCCAGCUGUGCCUCCUGGUGGGACUCAGGAGUUGAGUGUUCCUAGUAGGACCCAGGAGUGGAAUCUUUCCCUGCUUGUGCAGCAGCAGGAAGGCUGGUUCUGCCUUCACCCCUCUGCUGAUGCAUGAGCCCAGGGGCUCCAGCUCCUGGUGUGGCAGCUGUGCUCUUUCUACAGGGCUAAAGAAGAGGUGCCAGCAUGGGGUUUUUAAAUUUUUGUUUUUGCCUGAGUGAAGAGAUGUUUGAAAGGUUAAGACUGCUCCAGCUGGUGCCUGUAAGGUACUCCAGGUACAUCAGAGCCUGCUCAUAUUUGCGAAUAACUGUCUUCUCCAACCAUUGCACUUGAGCCUUCAACUGUCUGAUAGGUGACCAAGCAGUAACAAUUCAGUAGUACUUUGCUGUGACAAGUUAUGUAGGUGUUGUCAAAGUAGUGCUUUCCCCCUCCCGCUCCUUUUUUCUGUCUUACCAUCUGCUCGGGAUCAGGCUUUCUGUAUAUUUGAAUUUGCUCCUCUAGUGUCCGUACCUCCGCUCCCAAUCCCUGAUCCUGUGGCAGGUUGCUGCCUGGCGUGAUGCUCUCUCUGCAUCAUUUUUUCCACGUUUUUCUUCAUUGCUUUGUAACGGGAGGUCUGCUGUUGGGUUUGUUAUGAUCAUCAGAUGGUACCGGUUGUUAGGAUGGUCUGGUGGUACCACACCCUGGUUAAUUUUGUUGGAGCAAAACGCGCUGAUGAAUUCCUGUUAUGUGUUGCAAGCCCCAACUUUGCUUUUCGGUUAGAUCCUGUAUUUGAGUGUCUUCAGUUUUGCAACAUCUUCCUGCUGAUGUGGUGGCAGCAGCCGUCCUGCCUUUUCCUGCUCUGCAAAUUGGUGAAGGGAGAGCCAGGCCAGGAGCGUAGGUGGCCAUUGCAGAGAGGGAGCUUGUAGCCACCUACGCGACCAGUUGAUGUUUAACUUCUCCACCUGUGAACCACGCGACCAGCUGGAGCACCAGCACUAAGAGAUGUAAUAUCUUCAAUUCCCGGGAACCUGCAGAAGCUAGAAGAGAAUGCGCUUGGGACCUGCAUCCCUGAGGUGGUUCCUCAGGCCAUCUGGUUCUGUGUGGGACUCCUCCAGAAGAGCUUGCUCCUCUCUGCAGCCCCGAAACACCGGUGUCCUCUUCGGGGGAAAAGCAUGAAGAGUUCAGGAGGAACAACGGGAUGCUCUCUAGUUGGGCAGCGAGACAGCCGUGGUGUGGGAACCCCCCCUGGGGUGACCUUCCAGCCCGCAUGCAGCCAGUCCUCCAACCUUCCCUCCUCUGCAUGGAAGCUCAUGGAGCUCCCUUGGUCCUGCGUGUGUUGGGGAGCUCCUGGGCUUUGGUGUCGCUCCGGCUCUUCUCUGUGUACUGCCUUCACCCCCCUCCCCCCAGCGUUCGUGUUCGCCACCUUCGGAAAAGGAUACCUAGAGAAAAAUUUACAGUCGCGGAUGAACUUUUGAUUCAUAUAUAAAGAUUAUUUUUAUACUUUUUUUGCAAGGAGAAAAAAAAAAAAUUAAUUGCCUGUAAUAUUUGUACAGUGUUCUCUGACGUGAAUAAACAAACAAAACAAA